CCUGGUUGUGUUUAAUUGAUUUUGUUGUUUUGUUUACUUUCUCGCUAGCUCAUAUGCGGCACUUGCUUUACCGAACAAAAUAUCAAUAGGAAUCGAUGCUGAGCCUCUAGUAGACCUAGCAACAACAAUAGCUACACCUGUUUGUUUCUCGACAGAGCCACAAUUCUCAUACUGCAACGACGGAGACAAGUCUAGAUUAAAAUAUGACUUCAGAAGGGAAUUCAAAUCAAACUCGCAGACUGCCAGAUAUUUUAUUUCAAAGAAAACGAAAGAAACUCCCCGGAGGAUCGUAUCCCACGUUUAGCGGUGCGCUAGAAUGGCUGCGUAGGCACAAAGAUGAACUGGAUACGGCACUCAGACUCAUCUCGAUGUAUCCCAAUCUUAUUCAGGAUAAAAGUGCAGACAGUCUUUGGGAGUUUUUGUCGCCGUUGGUAUCACGGAAUGGAUUAGAUUUCGACGGAUUUGGUACAACACAAAAUACUCUUACUCUGCCUGACAUGCACGAUUCAUUAAUGAAUGGCUCAGAAGAUGGCUUUUCUGUGCUAAGGCAGGUCGUUUUAUGCCAUAACGAUCUAGAGGAUGAUUCUCGGUUGAAGACCCAUCUUGACUCGGUCAUUCACGCGCUGCUACCAUGUUUUGCUGUCCGAUGUUUCGCACCCGAAACAGUUAACAUCGUGCCGAAACAAGACAUACUUGAAAACGUCAUGUAUUGCAACGCUUUUAUAUUCAUCAUGAACGAAGUCACAAUUGAUAACGCCUUCUGCCUCCAACUGCUGGACAUCGCUGUCGAAAACAAUGUCCCGAUCGUCUCUAUCCGAGAACCCGGUUUUAAAGUGCCGACUCCGCCGACGGAGAUCAACCAAUCGAAUCAACGUGAUCUGGUCAAUGGGAAACCAGUUGAAAAGUUUCCUGCUCGGAGGGUUAUUCGAGAGUUUAGACGCACCCAGUCGGACGAUAGUUUGAUCUCAGGAAGGGGUUCACCCCUGUUGAAUAGCCUCCAGCACGUUGACAUUGACUUGCUCGUUGAAGCUUACCAAGAAGCAUUGGUAUACACCACAAAUUUUCACGAUGUUUGUAUCGCAAAAUUAUAUAACAAACUGUCACUCUGCUGCGGUACAGAUAUUCUGGUUCACCAAAUGAACGAGCCAGAAUAUGCCUCUGGUGGGAAACAUGAAAGGGCUAGUCGUGAAACAACAAGAAACGGCAUUGAUUCAUCGCAUCCAGAAAAGAUGUCAGGUUCUCCAGUUCCGAGAUAUGAUUUUGAGAAAAAGCGACCGAUUCAGUUGCCUCCUAUAAAGGUCACCGUUAACACCCCUAGUACCAAUGGUGAAAAGCAAAAUGGCACAUCUAAUGCGAGAAGUUGUUCCCCGCGACGAUAUAGUGAUGGGUUAGGGUUUGAUGAUUUUUCACCACCGCUGACACCAAACGGUAAAAAGACAACGUAUCUAGUAUUUCCACCUAAGGGAUCAGACUCUAAAGGAAAACCAUAUCUGAUGAACUGGCCCCCUCCUUUAUUUGAAGAUCACCCCGAUAGUCCACCAUUGGGCGACGGUCGGGGUUCUCCGGAGAUUAUAGAACUAUCCGAUAUUAAUCGUGGGCUUGAACUGCGACCACUAUCCCCUGAGGCAGAAGAUAUGGCGACAUGAUCCAUGAAGAUCACUGGCGGACCAAAAAAUAACUCACGUAUGCAAUCGACAUAGAGUCGGAUCUAUUGAGUCUUAGGAGGGCCUCGAUAUUCUAUUGUCUAAAUACGUUACCGUCAUUGAUCCCCAUAUCCGCCUUUGGAACAGAAAUAGAUUAUCCAGAGCAUUCUUUAAACAAGCCUGUAACAUAAUACAUGUGGUCGGCAGUAUGAUCUAAACUGCUGUCGAUUCUAUAAAUUUUUGAUUACACAAAAUGAUGUAUAUAAUAUCCGAGAAGAAUUAAUCUAUGUAGAGUAAUGGCUAUAUUUAAACAUAGUUGGAAGUUAUGCAAGUCCAUGGAUAUUAAACGCUGCGAGGCAUCGAAUUCAGAUACUAACUCCCAGGUGGAGUUUAUUGAUCCAAAAUUACAAGGACAAUAUCUCAUUGAUGGACUCAUCGCAUUUA